GUAGAUUUCAGAGAAACCUGCUGAAAUUAAUUUUCUUUGCCUUCAAGGACGAACUGAAAACAGUGAGGAAGCAAGCAAUAUCUAUAUAUAUAUAUAUAUAUAUCGUGUCAUCUUUGUUUAGCUGGAGUAAGUUAUUCUUCAUACGAAAUCGAAGCAGAGAAGGGUUUUCUGAAGGAAAGCAUUUCCUAGUCGUGACUCUGGUGAGAUUACAGAGUCCAGAUGCCGGAGAAAGAGGCAGACGGACCUCCAUUGUCGAACACAUGGGGGUUUCGUUUUAGCCCUUUGCAUCAGUGGCGAUUUGGGUUGCUAACAGCUCUGGUUUUUGUGGGGAUGAUUGUUGUUUGGAGCAUAGACGGCUGCACCAUCCAGAGCUUCAUCCAGUCAUGGAGGUUCAAGCAAGACUACAUAAAUAUGAAAGUCAUAAACCUGUCUGAUCUCUCCCAAACACACCAAAAUCUUACCCAAAUCCUUCAAAAUCCCAACUUGAAUAUUACCCAUGUCCCAAUUUUUAAUCGAACAAAAACCCGAGUUCCAGUUGAUUUGAGCAAGAACGACGAAGAUUCAAUUGGUUCCAGCAUUUCGUCGAACACUUCAAGCGCUUCAAACGUGAUACAGAAAAAUGGGGAACGCUUUUCGGAGUUGAGCUGGAUUUCAGCUGAAUUGGAAGCGAACUUUACAAAGAAUCUUAUCACUAGAUGGAUGGCUCCAGGAGGGGAGCCUUGUAAGGAUUCUCGUACGGUGGAGAUUGCGAUUCCGGGUUUGGAUGGACGGGAUAUUGUGGAAUUGGCCGCCGGUGAAAUCCAUGAGUUUGUUUUUCAAGCGCUCGAUGAAUCUGGUAAUACCCGCUGCUUGGGGGGAGAUUACUUCGAGACCGAUCUGUCAGGGGAGUCGUGGAAAUCUCGUCCGCCGGUGAAGGAUUUCGGCAACGGGUCUUACUCGAUUUCGCUUCAGGUUCAUCCAGAUUUUUCUGGUGACUACAAGCUCUCUUUGAUUUUACUUUUCAGACAUUUUGAGGGCCUGAAAUUGUCAUCCUCUAGAUUUGCAUAUGAUAGAGAGUUGCGUCAUGUAGGAGUCAAGUUCUUUAAAAGUAAAGCUCCUCCAUUACCGGAGCUGCAAAUUUGUCAGAAAUCUGAUUUUAGUAGAGAUGUCUGGUCGGGCCGGUGGACAAGGCAUGGGAAGAAUGAUGAUUGUCAAAUUAGUUACGACGGUCGAUUCCGGUGCCUACCGCUGAAUUUUCCAUGUCAAAAUCCAUGGUGUAAUGGUUUGUUAGGUGCAUUAGAGAGUAAUGGUUGGGUAUAUUCAGCACAUUGUUCAUUCAAGUUGUUUUCGGCGGAUUCUGCCUGGAAUUGCUUGAAGAAUCGUUGGAUUUUCUUCUGGGGUGAUUCAAAUCAUGUUGACACGAUAAGGAACAUGCUGAAUUUCAUGUUGGAUUUGCCUGAAAUACGUUCUGUUCCCAGGAGAUUUGAUAUGAAUUUCUCAAACCCAAAAGAUCCUUCUCAGACAGUUCGAAUCACAAGCAUUUUCAAUGGUCACUGGAAUGAAUCAGGGAACUACUUGGGGUUAGAUUCUUUGAGGGAUGGAGGAUUUAGGGAAUUGGUGAAGAGGUACUUCUUGGAGGAGACCGUUCCAGACACAAUCAUCAUGAACUCUGGCUUGCAUGAUGGUAUUCACUGGUCUAGUGUAAGAGCAUUUUCUGCUGGUGCAGCAUAUGCAGCAUCAUUCUGGAAAGAAAUAAUGGAAUCAAUAAGGCUGAGAGGGCUGGAAGUGCCUCAAAUCUUUUACAGGACAACCGUGGCAACGGGUGGAUAUGCACGAUCUUUGGGCUUUAAUCCUAGUAAGAUGGAGGCAUUUAAUGGGAUGUUGUUGGAUAAAUUUAGACAAGCUGGGCUGGUUUCGGGGGUGAUUGACAACUUUGACAUGACAUUUCCAUGGCAUUUUGAUAACCGGUGCAAUGAUGGAGUUCAUUACGGUAGGGCUCCUCUGAAGAUGAAGUGGAGGGAUGGUGGAAUUGGACACCAGUAUUUUGUUGAUCUCAUGUUAGGCCAUAUCCUACUAAAUGCUGUGUGUGUAAGGUAACAACAAUUAGAGGUAGUCCCAAAUGUUCCUGGUUAUAGCCUCAAGAAGCACCUAGGACGUGGCAUUCGUGAUGCUAUCAGAACCUAGGAAAGCUGCAGCAUUUGCUAGAAUGCAGGUAUAGACGCACUUUAGUUCAAUCAAGGCAUGUUCUUUCCCACUCUUUAUAUAUGUUAUUAGAAUUGGCAUUCUUUAUUUGUUUAUAGAUUUACCACUCUUUAGUCCUAGAUAUAUCUUGGUAGAUUGUUAUACACCCUUGAGUUUCAAGGAAAGGAUUUUGUCGUGAUUAUCACAAGCAACUGUAGUAGAAGCAUUGCAGAUUUUUGGAAAAUUUUGAAUAUAGAAAACGAGCAAGAACUUCCCUAAACCAGCAGUAGAACAGAGAGGGCAGGAACUGCUAUUGUUGUACACCAAAUUAAGCUAUAUCUUCUAUUAUGCUGAAUCUAUUGUGGUUUGAUUAUGGAGUUCUAUGCAGUUUCUAAUU